CCCUUGCCGCCGCCUCGGAGCAGCAGUACUAGCCGCCGCAGUAGCAACGGAGGCGGCGGCCUUAGCUGCGGUAGCGGGUGUCGAAGCAAAGUGCUGCCGCUGCCGCUGCCGCUGCCGCUUGGAGCGGGGGGAGGCUGUGGCUGCAGGCGCGGAGCCUCGCAUCGGAGCUGGAGUACAAACCCAGGGCAGGCGGAGACCCAUCCGUACCGAAGGAGGCGGAGGCGGGGGUGGCUGCUGCAGGACAGUUAUUCUGAGUGAAGGACCCUGCAAGCGCUACUAAGUGGUUAUCAUGGGCUUCAUUGCAUUUCUGAAGACCCAGUUUAUAGUUCACCUCCUGAUUGGGUUUGUCUUUGUCGUGAGUGGGCUCAUCAUUAACUUCAUCCAGCUAUGCACGCUAAUCCUCUGGCCUAUAAACAAGCAGCUUUAUCGAAGAGUGAACUGUCGCCUUUCAUAUUCUUUGUGGAGCCAGUUAGUGAUGUUGCUGGAAUGGUGGUCUGGUACAGAAUGCACCUUAUUUUCAGAUGAGGCUACAGUCAGUAAGUUUGGAAAAGAACAUGUUAUCAUCAUCCUGAACCACAACUUUGAAAUUGAUUUUUUGUGUGGCUGGACUAUGACAGAGCGCUUUGGCGUGUUGGGGAGUUCAAAAGUUCUAGCUAAAAAAGAACUGUUAUAUGUGCCCUUGAUUGGCUGGACAUGGUACUUCCUGGAGAUUGUUUUCUGCAAAAGGAAAUGGGAGGAAGAUCGAGACACAGUCAUUAAAGGGCUAAAGCGACUGUCGGAUUAUCCAGAGUAUAUGUGGUUUCUCCUGUAUUGUGAAGGAACUCGUUUUACAGAGACCAAGCAUCGCAUCAGCAUGGAGGUGGCAGCUUCUAAGGGAUUACCUAAACUCAAAUAUCACCUGUUGCCCAGAACCAAAGGUUUCACUACUGCUGUCCAGUGUCUCAGGGGAACAGUUUCCGCAGUUUAUGAUGUGACAUUAAACUUCAGAGGAAACAAGAACCCAUCCCUACUAGGAAUCCUUUAUGGAAAGAAAUACGAAGCAGACAUGUGUGUCAGGAGGUUUCCUCUAGAAGAUAUCCCUUUAGAUGAAAAGGAAGCAGCAAAAUGGCUUCAUACACUUUACCAGGAAAAGGACGCUUUACAAGAGAAGUAUAAUCAAGAGGGUAUAUUUCCUGGGCAGCAAUUCAAACCUCCCAGAAGACCAUGGACUCUCCUCAACUUUCUCUUCUGGGCUACCAUUAUCCUGUCUCCUCUUUUCAAAUUUGGUUUUGGCAUUUUUGCAAGUGGAUCACCUCUUCUGAUUUUAGCAUUCCUGGGCUUUGUUGGAGCAGCUUCGUUUGGAGUUCGUAGACUGAUAGGAGUAACGGAAAUAGAAAAGGGCUCCAGCUAUGGCAACCAAGAGUUCAAGAAAAAGAAAUAGUUUUACAGAUGCAGUUCUGAACAUAUAACAAGACUAUGGUAUCAAAUUAACUUCACUGAAAGAAAGACACUUAGAAAACUUAUCUUUUUUUUCUUAUUAACUGAUAACUAAUAAUACUUGAGCCAAGACUGAAGAAAUUGGAAGAUUCAAGAGAAGAGAAAACAAUUGACUACUUUCCUGCCUAAGGAUCCCUGUAUUCAGUUUUGGGAGACAAAUAUGGGCUAAAAACAACCUUUUUCUUUUUGCUUUCUUGUGGGUGGGAGGGGCAGCUAAUGGGUAGAGCUAUAUGCAUCUUCAGAUACCUGGUUUGUCUUCAAGACUACAAACACUCGCUUAGCAAGAGAAGUUACUGAAUGUUUCCUCUUGCUAAAACUAAUUUAAUACUUUCUUAGCAACUUUUUUAAAAAGCUAAGGCAGCAUGCGUUGCAGCAAAACACCGUCUCCAAUUAAUUUAUAGUUUUUCUUGGGAAGGAAGCCACUUGAAAAAGCUACUUCAUCUUUGCAGAUAUUUAUUUUUAUUUUAUUAUCGAGUAUCUUCCAUAAGACAAUGGCAUUUUGAUGGCAGCAGUACCUUACUGAUAAGCACAUAUGUUCCACCUGAUAUUACCAUAGUGAACACAAUUCCAAGCCUUGUUUUUUCACCUCUUUCCCCUUAUGCUGUCCCUAUUAAAACUGGAACAUGCUUAGCUCGAUUUCCUAAAUAGGUGUUGUACUUAUUAUUGCUUUCUUUAAACAAAUGACCCUGACUGACCAGGGCUGGUCAGUCUCCUAAUCUCAUGAGUUUCUUCAAGGGGUACAAUCCUGCUCAGAAUCCCCUGCAUGGCUUCUUGUGAAAAACAGCAUAAAAUAGCACGGGAGCCUGGAAGAGAACUGGUUCUAUAAACUCUUUUCAAGGAGUAGAUCUGUGGGGGGGUUUGGUACAGUAUAAAGAAUAUUGUAUCCUCUAGGGCUUAACCUUAAGUACACUUACUUGAAAGUGUUUUCUUCUAAAGAUCAGAUGAUGUUUUUUCUGAUUAUGGAUGUGAUCUUGCAUUUCUUUAGACAAAAAGAAGUCUUACAAUUCCCAUGACUGGCUGGGGAAUGCUGGGAUUUGUAUAACAUUUUUCCUGUCUGAACAGAGCUAGGAUUGCACCAUAAAUGUGUCAGGGGUUAGGAUGUCAGCGGCCUACGUUAGCACAGUAGAUUGCCAUGUAAAGCAUUCACAGAAGUCAUGGACUGCUUUAGGGUUGUGUGAAGGUUGCUUAAGCCUUUGCACAAUCCACCUUUGCUGGGUUCGGAUGACAUGACAAGUCCCAAUUCCAGGAUGGCAUACAAGGACAUCACGGUUCAUCAUGACUUAAACAAGCUAUGACCAAACCCAGUCAAUCUGUUUUGGUGGGCUUUCUUUUUGUUUUAGUUUUUAACUAUUUCUGGCUCCAUAGCACACUGGUAGGACACAGUUUUCAGGGGAAGGCUGAAAGAUUGCCUUUCAGGCACCAAGAUUGCCUCUUCCUAGAAAGCCAUUUGCAUGAAGCAGCUUGCAAUUCAACCACAUGUAGAUUGACAUGGUGAGCCAAGCCAUCUCUACACAAUGACUUUUAGUGAGCAAAUGGUUAGUCAGGAGGAAGCGACUUCCCUGCAGAUGAUCUUUCUGUGCAGCUGUCCUUAAAAGAUUCUUCCAGAUUGAUAUUUGUAUAUGUUUAAAAGAGGGGAAGUUCUAAUUAUGUGGGAGUGGCAUUCACCUUUUUCCAGUGCUGGGACCAUAUUUUGCCAUCAGCUCUGCACUAAAAACAAAAAAUCCGUUCAAUGAUUUGCUUAAAAUAAAUAGAAUUCAAAGCAAAAUUAAGCCCUACUACUUCUUACGAUGUAAUAUCAACGCACAUGUUCUUAUUUGAAUAUUUUAACAGAUUGUAUUUAAUGUUUGUCUUUCUGUCUGUCUUUUUCUGUCUCGCAUAACCCAGGGUAAAUGUGUAAUAUUUUACUUUCAACAUGUAACUGUUGGCAAACUUUUUAUUCCCUACCCACAGAAGCUGAUUUUAACAAUUGUAUGAACACCUUUGUUUGCAAGUUACCUCUUUGAAACAUGGACAGUUCUUUGUGGGAACUGCUUAUUGUUGUUUUCUCAUGCACAUGCCUGUUUGCUUAGGGAUUGCUAAAUGCACAGUUUCUGAGGCAGCCUUAUGGGCCAUGGUCAAAUCAGCUGACAUACAAGUAUGAUGGGGAAUGGUAUGUAGAAGAAAUUUUCUGGUUCUGCUGCACCAGUUCUUGUUUCUGAAGAAACAAGCCAUUUUUAAAAUUGAAUGGUUACUUGUCUUUGGAAGGAAGCACUACUGUUGCAAAAGCUGAAAGGGUUCAAGUCCGAUGCAUGUUUAGACAGGAACAAAGGCCUACAGCUCCCAGCAUUCCACAGAGCUGUAGGACGUUUUUCUGUCUAUGUGUGCAUCGGGUUAUUUCUUAACUGCAUUAGUUUCUUUCCUUCGUGAAUAUACCAAUACUUUUGGUUGCAGCCCAUAGCAUUCAUGCAUUUUGCUAUAUCUUUCCCCUAGUGUAACGUUGCUUUGUCAAUCCCACAACAGACACAUUUGCCUCCUAAGACAGAUACAAUUCUACCCUGGCUGUAAGGGCAGACAACUGUUAUUACCUUCAUUGGAAGUUGAACAUGUGCUUCUUGCGAAGGGGACAGAAUCCAACCAUGACUGUCUUUUUUACUCAGUACAUAUUUUCUGUUUUUUUUAACAUUAGACAGCUGGACAGAGAACUUUUUCUCUGUUUUCUGACCAUAAGACUGGAACAAGCAGGAUUCUGUGUUUUUUUUUUUUUUUUAAGUACUUGGUAUAUACCUCUUGUUAGAAGGUUUUUCCCCUUUUUUCUUUUCUUCAACAGAUGCUGUAUAAGUGCUUUUUGAAGAAGAUGCUGAAUAUAUUAUAAUGGCACUUAAUAACAUAAGCAAAGUAGCAUAGCUCCCUGACUCUGGGUCACAGUUACCUGUCAGCAAGGAGUUCUGUAUUGGUAAAUAAAGCCAGAAAUGUUAAUAGAAUUAAGUGGGAGGGUGGGGAACUGUGGAGGAAGAGGCUGCAAGGAAGAAAAAGUGAGCAUAGAGAUAAUUUUUAAGUAGAUGCCCAUUUUCCACUUAGUGCAGAUAACUCCUGCUUGAAGGUAAUGGGAGUAGUGCAUGUACAUUAUGGGGAGAAGAAGCAGAUGUUUUUCUUCUGUUUUCAUAUCAUGACAUACUGAUCAUAUUUUGUUUUGAAACCAUAGUAAAGGAUACACAUUAAUUUGUUUGUAAUUCUAGAAAGACAUAUCAAUUUUGAAGUGUACAACAUUGCACAGUAUAGUAUAUUACAGCUCAUCUUUUUGGCUUGAACUUUGGUUUAUCUCUUGAAAUAGUUUUUUUAAUAUAAAUAUGCAGAGUGUGUAUGAAAGAAUAUUACUGGAAAUAGCAGUGUGUCUCAUAAAGAAUAUCAAGUGGUUUGGAUUCAAACAGUGAGCCUAGAUUUUAUACCUUACAUUAUUUUCUUCUGGUUUAAUAGAACAUAGCUUGUAUAUUUGACUACCAAGCCCUUUGAGAGCAAUAAUAAACAAAAUAUAUCAUGA